UAAUCUCUACGCUUCUCUCUCUGCAAUUACUCCUUGAGAGCAUCCAUCUCUAGAAUAUUGAGUAUUGCUGACUUGAGCAUCGGAGUGUUUUCCCCGAGGAAACAACCUCGGGAUUUUCAGGUGUAGGAGCAGCUAAGGACUUCAAUAGUGUUGGAUUGUGAAGCUGCCCAAACAUUUGGCGCCGUCUGUGGGAACCUGAACAAGAAGUUGCAUAGCUUGACUUGUUGAAGGACAAAAUGGUUCGCACUUUUACAGGAGGUCACCCUCCAAGAAAUGAAAUGGACGAGCAGGAGGACGUUCAACUGCCUGAACUCGGCUUAAAUGAUUUUAGACCACUGCCCAGAAACCUUUUUGUUGGGGGAGCGGAACAGGAUCACCUAAGCGAAACAGAUUAUGAUGAAAGAACACCAACUGGGUAUGCAACCCAGCCUGAACAGUUCCAAGUUCCAACAGGAACAAGACCAAAACCUUCUAGACCAUACAAUUCACAGCAUGAACGACCUGAAAGGUCAACAGAACCUGCUCGGACAACCGAGCUCGAAGAAAGAACUAGAAUUCUCGAGAUGGCGAUGGGUAAAAUCCUUGCCCGCCUGAUCCCUGACGAUCCCCUGAUUCCUUUGUUGAACAGGGAUGCACAACCAGCUGCGGUUGUUGCGACUCGAAACUCCCCCGCUCUAAGCAACAUAGUAGUGCAGACCAGGCCAAGGGGAAGUGGGAGGCUAAAUAACGAGCCUAGCUCGUCCAAACAUAGUGAAGAAUUGAUGAGGAAAAAUGCAGACCUGGAAAGACAGUUAAGGGACGUACAGAAAUCUAUAGACGAGCUGAAAAGCCCCAGGUCGCACCAGCAGACUCUUGAUUUGGAUAGUGCUCCUUUAAACAUAUCCAUCACAGCAGAGCCGUAUCAAGAGGAAUUCAAAAUUCCCCACCUGGAGACAUAUGAUGGCUCGGGCGACCCUGAUGAACAUCUGCAUACUUAUCAAGCCAUCAUGAGAAUCCAGAAUGCCAAUGAUGCCAUGAUGUGCAAAGUGUUCCCAGCAACACUCAAGUCAAUAGCCAGGAGAUGGUAUCACAAACUUCCUCGACAUUCCAUAGACUCAUAUUCCCAGCUCGCCAAGCUAUUCUCCAACAAAUUUGCGAGCCAAAGGGAGAUUAAACGUACAGCAACCGAACUAAUGCAGGUUCAUCAGAAAGAGGGAGAAUCUUUGAGGGACUACAUGCAACGAUUCAACAAAGCUACUUUAGACAUUGAUAACGUCCCCGAUACCAUCUGGUUAUCUGCCUUGUUGCAUGGUUUGAAGCCUGGCCGGUUUUUGGACGACCUGCUGGAGAAUCCACCCAAGUCAUGGAAUGAAGUAAAUGACAGGUCGGCAAGCUUCAUAUUGUCCGAGGAUUUUCAAUCUUCUAAGAGACGAGCUUAUGACAAGCAAGGAAAAGAGCUCAAGCAGUCUGAAAACAGGGAUGACAAGAAGAAACAGAAGGCUGGCGAGCAGAGAGGGAAACCGCCUUCUUAUCCAAAAUAUGACAGCUAUAUCCCCCUGAGCUCAAGACUGUCAGAGUCUGAAGGACGAGCUCGAAUUCUUGGCUCGCAACGGGAAAUUGAAGGGGCAGGUCCAUACUCUUCCGAGCCGAACAUAGCAUACAGGGGACGCCCGCUCAAUAGGCGUGGGCAAGGACAGAAAACACCUGCACAGAAUCAAAAGGACCACAGAGGGGUUGGGUAUGGUGGAAUACCCCCGCCAUCUGGCACAAUAAAUAUGAUAUCAGGUGGUGUUCACUCUAGAGGCCAAAGCGCCCGAGCCCGCAAGGCAUAUGCCCGGCAGGUGAUGACCGUCAACAAAAACAGGCCUUUGAAACGGCUGUUCGAGGAGGCGGAGUGGGAGAAUGCAGCCAUCACAUUCAGCCCGACCGAUUAUAAGCGAGCAGACGGGGAACCCAACGUUAUGAUGCUUCAUGCAGAUCCCUUUGUGGCGACGGUCCAUAUAGGCAAUCAUAACGUCAACAAGGUCUUUGUUGAUACGGGUAGCUCGCCAGAUAUCCUUUAUUGGGGUUGCUUUCAGAAGAUGCAGCUAAACCCAAGCUCACUGCAAAAAUAUGAAGGGCCCAUCUAUGGGUUCAAUAAUCAACCCGUCUCGGUAGAAGGAGUCAUUACUCUGCCCAUCUAUGUGGGCUCGGAACCACGCUUCAGGAUGGCUUUUGUCACCUUUCUGGUCGUCAAGAUGGAAUCAGCUUUCAAUGCUAUAUUGGGAAGAGCCACCCUAUGCGAGCUGAAGGCCAUUAUCUCUCAACCCCAUCUUUGUAUGAAAUUCCCAACUCCUCAGGGGGUAGGAGUACUUAAAGGAAACCAAAAGAUGGCUAGAGCCUGCUAUCAAGAUAUGUUCAAGAAGGUUGAGCUCGCUGCAACACCGGCAGGUUCUGAGAAGCACAGGCCAACUCAGCCCGGUCAGCAAACAAUGAGCAUAUCAGACAUUGAGCAUCGACCAGAGGGUGUUGAGCAGAAGACUGAACCGGUAGAGCCAGUAGAGACCGUUCCUUUAAACCUUGAUAUGCCGAAAAGGACAGUUAAGAUCGGCACCAAGCUCACAAAAGAAGAACGAGCAGAGCUUCUGGAGUUUUUGAGGGUCAAUCAAGAUGUGUUUGCAUGGACUAUAGAUGAAAUGCCUGGCAUCCCGGCAGAGUUGACAGUGCAUAAACUCAGCACGGACCCCACCAAAAGGCCGGCAGGCUUCAUUAGAAGGGUGGAGUACUCUGAGUGGGUAUCUAACCCCGUGCUCGUCAAAAAACCAAAUGGCAAGUGGAGGAUGUGUAUUGACUUCACUAACCUAAAUGAGGCGUGUCCAAAAGACCCUCAUCCCUUGCCAAAUGUGGAGAAAUUAGUAGAGCGGGCAGCCGGGCAUGAGCGGAUGAGUUUCCUUGACGCUAGCUCAGGUUAUCAUCAGGUUCAGUUGCUGUUAGACGACCAGGAGAAAACAGCUUUUUACGCCGGUGAUGCAAUCUACUGCUAUGUGAUGAUGCCGUUUGGCUUGAAGAAUGCUGGCGCUACAUAUCAAAAAUUGGUGCAAAUCAUCUUUAAGCUCCAGAUUGGCAGAAACAUAGAGGUAUAUGUGGAGGAUAUGAUAGUCACCAGCGUGCGAGCUGAGGAUCAUAUAGACGACCUGAGUGAGACCUUUCAAAAUUUGCGCCAAGCCCAAAUGAAGCUGAACCCCCUGAAGUGCACGUUCGCUGUAGAAUCAGGGAAAUUCCUAAGGUACAUGGUAUCCAAGAAAGGAAUUGAAGUGAAACCAGAGAAGGUCCUGGCCGUUCAGCAGAUGGAACCUCCCAAGACUGUAAAGGAUGUGCAGCGCCUGAUAGGUCGCGUAGCUGCGCUGCAUAGAUUCAUAGCCAGGUCGGCAGAAAGAUGCCUCCCAUUCUUCAAAGCCCUGCGAGAGCCCAAAAACUUUCAAUGGACUGAUGAGUGUCAGAGUGCAUUUGACGAGCUCAAACAAUACCUAGCAUCAGCACCCCUGCUAUCCAAGCCUGCGGAAGGGGAGAGUUUAUGCAUGUACCUGGGGGUUACAGAAGAGGCAGUGAGCUCAGUUCUGCUCAGGGAGGAGAAUAAAAACCAGAAGCCCAUCUGCUAUGUGAGCAAGGUUUUGCAAGGUGCCGAGCAGAAUUACCCACUAGCAGAAAAGGCUGCUUUUGCCCUAGUUUACACAGCUCGUAAAUUGAGGGCUUACUUCCAAUCGCACCAGAUUAUUGUUUAUACUGAUUUACCAUUGAGAAAAAUACUGCAGAAACCUAAACUCUCUGGUCGGCUUAUUGGGUGGAGCGUCGAGCUGAGUGAGUAUGACCUGAAAUUUCAGCCGCGCACAACCAUAAAAGGCCAGGCCGUUGCGGACUUUCUAGUGGAGUGCAUCUCGGCAACUAAGGAAGAAAAAGCACCCGAACACCCAGUCUGGGUUUUGUAUGUUGAUGGAGCAGCUAACAUUGAAGGGUCGGGUGCUGGGGCUGUGUUACUAGGCCCAGAUGGCUUUAAGUCUGAGCACGCGUUGAGGUUUAAGUUCCAGACGACCAAUAACGCUGUAGAAUAUGAAGCCCUCAUUUACGGACUGAAGCUGGCGUCCGAGCUGAAGGUACAAAGCGUUCAGGUUUUCAGUGACUCUCAACUCAUUGUGGGCCAGGUGAAUGGCAGUUGUGAAAUCAGGGAUCCCCAGCUCGGUCGUUAUGCCUCUGUGGUCAACAGAUUGAAGUCAAUAUUUGUCCUUUUCCAAAUUGAUAAAAUACCAAGAGCAGAUAACCACCGAGCUGACGAGUUGUCGAAGUUGGCCUCCUCGCAAGACCUUAACCCUCAGAGAUUGACAAUCAUCGAGAUACUCGACGCACCGAGCUACACUGAUUCCACAGUCGAGUGUUAGCUGCUAAGCAUAGAUCCCUCUGCACCGAGCUAGACCACCCCGCUCAUAAAUUAUCUGCAAAGUGGUGAGCUACCUGAAGAUCCGUCUGCUGCCAAGUUGAUUAAACGCAGGGCGGCCCAUUUUACUUUAAUAGAUAAUCAGCUUUACA